AUGAAUCACUUGUCCUUAAGCGAGCUAUGUUGCCUGUUCUGCUGUCCACCGUGCCCCAGCAAGAUUGCCUCCAAACUGGCCUUCCUGCCUCCAGAGCCCACCUAUAGCCUCAUGUGUGACGAUAGUGGCAGCCGGUGGACGCUGCACCUCUCUGAGCGUGCAGACUGGCAGUACUCGUCACGCGAGAAGGACGCCAUCGAGUGCUUCAUGACUCGCACUUCAAGAGGGAACCGCAUCGCCUGCAUGUUUGUCCGCUGCUCUCCCAGCGCCCGCUACACACUGUUAUUCUCCCAUGGCAACGCAGUGGACUUAGGCCAAAUGAGCAGUUUCUACAUCGGCCUAGGAUCACGGAUCAACUGCAAUGUCUUCUCUUACGACUACUCAGGCUAUGGGGCCAGUUCUGGAAAACCCUCAGAGAAGAACCUGUAUGCUGAUGUGGAUGCUGCCUGGCAGGCGCUCCGCUCACGGUAAGGAGGCGUGAUGAUGGUGAUGAUGAUAAGAAAGAACCUGUACAGAAAUGUAGGCGCAGCCUGUAGAGAAACGAUUCAGUCAUGGGUGUGAGGCGAUGAAUACACUGACAGCACCACUAACAGCAUGUAUAAACAACAGCAGCAAAUUUAAACCAAAACUGAAACAUAGAUUAGGCCUGACAAACACAUUAAGAACAAUCAUUUAAACCCCUAAACUUUUAAGGUAAGGAGAAAUACUCAAAAUGUUUUGCACGGCUCGCUUGGAAUGUAGAAAAUGCUCACAAAUCCCAGAUCUGAGGAGUAAAGGAAGUGACAUAACAGAUUGUGGAAACAGUUGGAGCCCGAGUGACUCUUGUAAAUUUUCCUCCACAUGCUUCAAGUCGCAAACAAAACUACCAGCUGUGUUAACUGGAGAGAAGAAGACAGCAGCAUAAAUCGUAACUCUUGGUUCGCCGUCAUUUGUGAUGACGGCUCUGAACUCGAAGAUAGAAAAUGUUGCGAAUAACAACAAUUUCACCGUUCUCGGUUCUCUUGCUCUGUAAGCGACUCCAGUCAUUGGCAAGUUUGACAAAGUGAGUAGAGUACUGAAGUGAAAGCUGCUGUGAAGUAAAAUAUGAGGAAACCAGGCUGGUAUUGAUUGAUAUAAAAGUGGAGCUGAUGUGAGAGAGCUUGAAGUCACGCUUUUUAGAUGUAAAAAGCGUCCUGAAGAAGCUGGCUGUAGAGAUGAUGAGAUUGGAUCUGAUAAUGUCACGGGUGGAGAUCAUAAGAAACUGUUCUGUAGGGAUGACACGGUGUUCCUGUGGGCGAUAAUAAGAAACGUGUUUUCUGCCGUCCAGCCACCACAUGUAGGUGUGAGUGGGUGUGCUGCAGCAUCUUUUGCUCUGCGGGCUAUGAAUAGAAUCAUUCUUAUUGGCCAAAAUUCAAGCCCAUACACUUUUCAAGCAGUUAUACUUAGUUAUGUAGUGCUUAUAGUUGCUCUGGGAUGUUAAUAGAACAAGUAAGGAGCCCUGACUGUCUCAUGUUUCACUCUCACUUCUGCUCCAUCUCUGCAAUUAAUAAUUCUGCGUUAACCGUGUGAACAGAUAUCCACCUGUUUGUGUAAUUACAUGAAUAAUGAGUCUUUUUCUCCAAGAUAAGACCAUCUGUUUGACUCCAUGUCCCUCAUUUCCUUCCACCCAUUUUUAACCCCCUCAUCAUCUCCCUCCUUUGUGCCUUUGUAACACCAUAGCUAUUGUCACUUUGGGGGAGGGGGGAACAUCUGCACUGGGUCUUAUAAGUGUCAGAUAAAGGCACUUUUUAACCAUGGUUUCUUGCUUCUCCUCUCUCUGCUAAUGAUAAUCACUUAACGUGGUGACACUGACAGAGGAUGGCUGUUACGUCCAUUGACUAAGUUCAGGGCUGGAGAAACAAGCGGAUUUGACUUUAAAACGUCUCAAUUUUCACUCGAAACUUGAGUACGGUGCAGCUACUCUGCUUCUGCUGUUUGUGUUAGUAUUACAUCUUCCAAAUGUAAAGUCAAUAUCUUGAUGGGUGCAUGCUGUCAUGGUUAUCUUAACCCUUAGACACAGUCAUUUGAAAAUGUCACUGUAGAUUUUUGAUAAUUUUAGGACAGUUUUUGUGUCAUUUUUUUCUUGAUAGAUGGCACAAAAUUAACUUAGGGUCAAACACACAGUAACACCGAGUUAGACACCCCCUCGAGAGAUGAAUGUUGCAGACCGCUUGCUUCUCUAGUUAAACCAACUUUAGUAACGACCGCACGACAGCAAUACACAGCGGUCUGAGGAGCCAUAAACAAACCUCAACCAAAACGCUGCUCUAUAGCCACAAAUAAUGCUCAGAACAGCACCUAACUUCAUCAGCAGUACAUAUAGGGUCCCAGCCAUGGCACUAACCACCAAGAAUCUUUUUAACUUUGCUUAAUUCAGCAAAGAGACUAAACUCAACUCACCUACUCUCUUCCAGCAGCUGCUUCUUUGAAGCGAGACCUCAGGCCAGUCCAUUAAAGACUGGUGUGGAGUGACGCAGCUCAAGGAAGAACAUUUAUGAUCAUUUCUUUAUCAUUUUUUUGAAGUAAUAAUCAUCAUAUAAAUCAUUUUGCAUUGCAGACGUGGUAGUGCUUCUCCCUUAGUGAUUGCGUUUCAAUGAAGAAAUGAUCAUAAAUCCCUUUAACAGAUAGAGUCUUGUGAACUUUUAGUGCUUUACACAUGUGUACAAGAUAAACUACUUAACCUGGUCCAGUGGACAACAAGAUGUGGAGGAGGAGUGUACAACAUGUUAAGCUGAAAAUAACAUGUCCAUCAUAUCUGUGCGUUUCUGUUUAUGUGGAUGAGGGGAAAAAUAGAAGUUCAUCCAGUAGGCCCUGGUUGUGUAUACUUCCUGCUGGAAGACAAACAAAUGACUCAGAGGGAGGAGAGGAGAGGGGACGCUGGCUCAGGAAAAAUGUACAGGCUGAAGAGAGGGACCAAUGUGGUUUAAAUCAGCCACGAAGAUUAAAAACUGGGCUUGUAGCGCGGCGAACUCCUCCUGUGUCAUUGCUGAUGUGAGUGGGUGUAUGCGCUCCUCUGUGGUAAAUGAAGGUGUUAGCACUGCAGAGAUUUAAAAGUGCUGAUGGUUUACACGAGUGGAGCCACUCACAUGAAAUAUCACUGUGUCCUAGCUACUGACUUUCCCCGCUGAUCUCUCUCUCUGCACUUAUUUAACACUCAACUCCCCAAAAGGAAUACACUGAGUUGUCAUCUGUGAAUAAAGGCCCUAUAAAUAAGGAAGCUGGCAAGUUAAACAGGAAACUCCUGAUCAUAAAUGUUGUGCAUACAGGAAAUAGGCUGUUGUAAGGAAGAACCUGCUUUUCUAGUGUUUAGGCAAGUUGAAACCUUUUCUGCCACAUGCUAUGAGGGCAAGCCUCCUUGCCAAAGCUUUAGUUACAAUGUUGGAUGUGAUUGAGAGAAAUGUAAGCCAAAGAAGUGGCCAGAGCAGAAAGAGAUCACUUUUUCUUACCAAACUCAGAGUUUGACUUCUUGAGAGACACAAAUAAAUUAGUGAUUGUGGUUUAAUUCAUUUUUUUUCCAUUCUACUUGCUCAUUUUGUUCACAUAGAUAGCGUGUGCUUCCACACACAGUCGUGACCAGCAAAGAAAAUUAGCUCUGAAAUUGAUCUGAUUUAAGCAGAAAAGUCCCUCCAAGUCAAAUCAAAUAAGGCUUGGCGAUUUGCGUCAGGGACAGGAGGUGUAAACAACCUUUUUUUACGUAAAUGGAAACGCCUCUCUGUACUCUUUAUGGAGGCACAGUAAUAUGGGUUAGAUAAAAAUUUGCAUGUCCUUGCUUAUCUUACUCGUCUGCUCACUGCAUGGCCCCACCUCUUUCCUCACUGUCUCCAUGAUUCACUUUGAAUCAUUUCAAUUGUCUAUCUGUUUUAUUGUUGUACAACACACCUACAUGUUGAAGUGGAGUGGAGUUAUUGGAGCGUAGUGACUCCCAAGGAAACUGGAAUGACCCCUUCUACCUAAAUAUUGCCAGAUCAUGUGAAUAAGCUUCAUCUGUUCUUAGAUGACAUCGUUGUUCAAAUACAUCCCAUCGUCAAUGUUUAAUUUCCCUACAGGCCAAAUAACUUUUUACUGCUCGUUUGUACUGGUUGGCAUUCCGCCUGCCGGUGUAACUAAAGCCCUCGGGGUUGUUAAAGCUGUGUCGAGCAAACGGUUUCCACGUGUGGUGUUAAUAAGCAGUUUGUGAGAGCAGGUAUUGACCCUUUAUUGGAUAACAAAGGGGCUGUAUCACAUGGCUUUUCAGGUUAAUUAAGCACAAUACCUCUUAAAGAUCAGAGGAGAGGCCUACGGGAACAAGAGCGUAACUAGAUAAUCGAAGAAGACUCGACUUGUCUACUGUAUGUCUCGUGUCAUUCAGUCACAUGGUUGAUAGUCACUCUACACACAUUAACUCAAUUUCAUCUGAUUUUCAUUCAUUGUGACCACAGUUGAAUUUACAUUAAAAAGCUCUUUACGGGUUUCAAGUUCGGUUUUCCUUUACAGUCUUAUAUCUGUGGUCAGUUUUUCCUUUAUGGUUGAUUGUGAUUGUUUUAACCAUACUUUAAAAUGUUUCCUAUCAAUUGUGUUGUCUGUAUUUUCAAUUAAGAAGUCUUUGCAAGACUAAGUCAUCACACAUUGUGACUUUCUUUAAAGCCAAGUUGAAAGUCAAGGAAACACUAUAAAAAACUUUGGGCAUUUCGGUGUUGCCAGCGGUUAGCAGUGGACGACUCCAGGUCAAGACCGUUCUUUUGCAUCUUUUCUGUUUACAAUCCAGCUGGCAUUUAAAAAAGCCAGAUGUGUGAAGAUCAGAAUUUGCCUCUCCGCAUUUGUCUGCUAAAUAAUCGCAAACAUCCUUCAGUUUAUUUUAUCACCUUGGAGGAGUAGUUGUUGAUCUUUCUCUAGUUGGUCUCAGUUUAGUCUGUCUGGCUUUCUGUCGCACUGUGACCCCUGAAAAAGAACCAGUUUUCUUGUGACCAGAUUGUAGUUAAAAGGUCACGAGUUUGCAGGAAGAAAAACAUCAUGACGUAGGUACAGAGGAGUAAAAAUAAAAACUCUGCCAGGUCUGUCCUGAGGAGGAGAAGACGACAACAACACAUGAAUGGUAUUUUUAAUGAAUGAACGUCUGAUAGUCGUUCCAGGAACUCAGAUUAUCUAAUUGCUGCUUGAUGUCUGACACAGUUGAAAGCAGGUUUGUUGCUUUUUAAAAAAUUGGUUCAUCAGGUUUGAAAUGCAGAGCUCAAACACAAACUGUCAAAGAGUAGAUUCGGUCCACCUGCUUUUGUUCUCUGACUGUUAUGUAUACAGAAGCCUGCUUACUUGUGAUUGGUUAAUUCUGCCUGGCCUGUUUGUGAUCAUUCAGUCAUACCUGGACUCUACAAUUCAAGCUCGACAGAUUCAACAGUUUCUUGUAGAAUCUGUAAACAGAGAUGAAUGUUGUAAUGCAUAACUCUCACAAACAGAAUAGACUCAAAGUAAGUAGAUCUUUCACAGUUAUUCAGCUCUACUUACUUUGAGUCUUAUUAAUGGGAAAAUAAUCAGAUGUUGAGAGGGGUUUAAAAACAGCUAAUGAGGUGCAAGUCUUGCGCCGAAUAUUUAUGAUUAUAAAUGAACAUCAUCUCUUUGUUGUGGAGUCUUAAAAGCUUAGAGAGCUUCAUUAUCACUUCUUUCUAGAUCAGCUGUCUGUGUCGUGACUGUUUUGGGGGAGCCUCUGAUUUAUAAUUGACUUUGUGUGUGACAGAAAGAGGGUACAUCCCAGCCUUUUGACCCUGCUGAACAUGAAUCAAAUAGCUUGUGUUUAUCACAUCAAAAGGCGCCUCUCAGAUGUCUCACUCGAGUCUGCUGCGUACAUUCCCUGGUGUGUGUCUCUCAUGUUCGAUCAGACGCACAGCCUGAGGACGAGAGCGGCUGUAGUGUCUCCCUUUUUUUUUCUCAGUGCUUGUUGAAUUUUUCUCUCUUCUUUUUUUUUAACUCUGACAUUUUGAACACAGCCGAUCCAGCCUCUUUCUGCCUGUUUUGUUUUCUGUGUCAUCUGCUUUCCAUCCUGCAGUCGGCAAAUUCCCUUUCUCUGGAGUGUUGACACACUUGAGUAGGCCGCCUCUGCUCCUGCUCCGCAGUCAUAUGACAGAGGGCAGCCACCUGUCACUCACUUCAAUAACUGCAGAACCGCAACUGUAAAUCCAGGCGCACUGCAUAGACACGCACAGCUCUUGUGUUAUUUUGUUUAUCCACAGUUGCCGAGCCACUCCCUUUACCUGAGCAGAAAAUGAGCCAGCUGAUUUAGUAGUUAUGAGUCACCAGGUUGACACACUCGACCUCCUUUAUCACACAGCAGAUUACAGAAUAAUGUGUGCGAUGGCUGUGUGUUAUCCACUUCACAAUAAGGAAGAAAGGCUCAGUUUGACUGACCAGGCCAUCAGCCCAUUUCCUUUGUGAGUGUGUGUGUGUCUUUGUGUGUGUGUUUUUCACUCCAGAAUGCCACUGUAUCAUUUUCUUUCCCCUCAGAGAUGGAGGCGGGCCAGCAGUCAAUCCUGCUACCCUUAUAUUGAGCAGUAGCCUAGCAACUGAUAUCCAAUAAGCUUUCAGACCAAGGUCUUCCCACACCACGGCCAAUAAAAACAAACGGGGGGAAAACUCACUUCCUGGUCAAUAGGCAUUAUUGAUCAAUAUGAAAAUGCCAUCUGUCUCCUCAGAUGUUCGUUAAUGAUGAGGGAUUCUCACAAACACACACUCACUCAGAGACGGACAAGCGUAUCUACAAAUCAUUUUCUCUUCUUCAGUUGAAAUAUCUGUGGUGGGUGAGCUGUGGAGGCCUGUAGACAGAAGCUGCCAUGUGUUUAUUAAGAUUGUUUUUUGCUCACCUGACUGUCUUAGAAACAGCCUUUAAUGACUGAACCAAUUCACUGUUUCUUACUUUCAAACUGUGCUGAGCCUUGAACAGAAAUCUCAGUCUCUGCUGAUCUUCAGUAAACAAGUAAACAAUUCAGGAAUCCAAGUAUGAAUCUGCCGUGCAUAAUAUGAGAUCAUUGGAGCUCUUGAGUGAAGGAUCCCCCCUGCUGUACUGCAGAUGGUGCACUAAUCUGUUAAAAAUGCCUGCACAUAUGCUCAGGAUGUCCUAAAAUAUCCAUUAGUCAUUGUGAGUAAUACGGGAUGAGAAUAUUUUUGCUCCUCGGAGAGAGCAAAAGGUGGGCAGCCGAGAGGGGAGCAGGAGAGGAUGUGAUGCAUAAUAGAUUGAAUUUGUGUCAGGAGGCUAAAUUGAUGAAGGUUUUGGGGGGAGGGCUGUAACCAUGGAGCGUGGCCAGCUAUGGGUGGGUGAGGUCUACUUGAGCAGAAAUGAGAUGGAGUAAAUUGUAGGUUUGUGCUGACCAGUCCAGGGGGUCAGAUCGGGGUUGUUCUUGGAUUGUUGUAAUGCUGUUUGAACAUGAGCACAGCUGCAGACGCACAAUGUGUUUUACCUUCUUGUUGCAUGUUUUUCCUGAACGCGUGAGCAAAAUAAAACCACCUAACCGAGCUGACACAGAAGGCUGGGGGAGCAGCUAGAGUGACCUUGCUGUGAGUGGAGGGUCAUGGGUUCAAGCUUUGCAUUAUUCAUUGUGUUCAUAUGUGUACGUAUCCUUGAGUGAAACUCUCCAAGCUUUCACAGUGUGUGUGUGCACAGAUGAACUGGGCAGAGCGUGUUGUACGAGGUUUAGGGAACGCCUCGCAAUGUUUACUGUCCUUUAUCCUCAAACUUGAUGAGUAAGCUGUCAAAAGGUUUCAAAUUACUUUCUGUAUUGGCUCUGCUGCAUAGGCUGUACAUUGUGGAGAGAUCCAUGUGCUGAGUGUCUUGUGAUUGGUCAGGAUCUUGUGGUCUGAUACGCUCAAGAACAUUGACCAGAUAAGUAUAAACAACAGGAGAUAAGUUAAGGGGAACAGCUGAUAAGGAGACACUUAAGUCCAACAUGGAUAAAGUAGUUCACGGUGAACAAACACAGAGAGUUUUGACAAUAAAGCUAUUUCUUUUUUACUUUUAAACUGAUCUUAUCAAACUUGCAGGUAGAGUUAACCAAACUUCAUCUCAUUCAGACUUUCUUAUAACCCACUUCUGCCCGUGAUCAGUCAUGAGUAAGUGAAGUAAGCAACCGAACAACCCCCUCCUGCCGUCUGAUUUAUUUUCAUCUCUCCUGGGAGGGGUUAGUGUUAUAAAUCCGCAGUGGCAGUCAUCUCUCAUUUUGCUCGACAUCUUAUUUUCCUAAUCUGCCUUCCUUUUCAAGAUGGAUUUUUUUACCGGAUGGCUCUCGCUGGUUGCUGAUCUUAAGCGUGGCAACAUAAUACCUGAAUUUAUGAAAUCCUCGUCUGACAUAGAACGGUUUAUCAGUUUUUCCUCCCCGUCAGUUUCGUAACAUGAAUAGAAUCAUUGGGGGAGUAUCACACGCAUUCUUAUCAUUUUUAGGAUUGAUUGAUUUAAUAUUUUACUGUUUGAUUUUUCUCUUAUUUUUUACUGUAAGUCUCUUGCUGUUUGCUGAUCGAAGGCAUGGCGACAAAACGAACCAAUUCCUCUGAACCAAUCUAGCUAGUGUCCUCUUGGGGUGUUCGCAUCAUCGUUUGCUCGCAUUUUUAAGACAUUGUGUGAAGUAGUAAGCGGCAUUUAGCUGAACAGACUUGACACAAAUGAAAUAUAAUAUUCAUAGCAUGUUUCACUAAGUGUGUAAUUGCCCGGACAGUCACUUCACUGAUGAGAGGGGUGAGCAGAGGAGCAUUUCAACCAAGAAUCUAACCUCUGAAUAUCACCAAGUCUUUCCAUCUCCACACACUGUACCUGUAUGUGAUGCCUCUUUGUGAUUUAACCGUCAAAACCCCUGAGGUCUUUAAAGUUCUGAGAAACAGACUUCCCCAAAAAACUCGCCUAAUCCAAAAUGGAUUUUCAGUCCCCAAGCAGUGAAAAAGGCUUUUUUUAGUCUGACUACAAAAUGUUAAGAUUAAACUGGAAAAGUAGAAAGGUCAAAGACAAGCCAUUUAGUUGCAAAUACUAAAACAAAGCUUUUUGUCUCUGAUUUGCUGAAGCUCAUAGUUGUUUUUUUUGUUUAUCAGACACUUCAGAAAGGUCAGUCCACUUUGACACAGUUUGUGAAAUGACAGUAGCUAUUUCUCCUGCUCUCUCUGCCAGUAUUUCCACUCCUAUUUUUACUCUGUGAAGUCCAGCUGACAGAAACUGUAAACAGGUCCUAUAUUUCUGCUAAUGACUGUGGCUGUAUAUAUUUCCAGCCUCUGUUCGCUCUUCAUUGAAGUCUUUUGAAACAGUAGAACCUCAUAAAGAUUGUUAUACUUGUAUUUUCAGACCGUUCAUCACAGCAGUGCAGACUGUCAUCAUCAGACUUUGUUGUUUGUGGACUGAGCAUUAUCGAAGUGCAGUGGCAGAGGAUGUGGAGUUAAGUAGAGCCUGAAAUGUUAGUGCUCCCAGUUUUCAUAACCGAGUUGUACCGCUGUGCUUUUUCCAGCAGCGCAGACAGUGAUGCAGUGUUCUGGACUUGGUUUCAGGUUGUCAGCUGACUGCUCGCUCGCUAGACUGGGUCACGUUCUACAUAAUAAGCUGAGGAAUGUCUUCUCUUUCAUUUCCCUGUUUCUCCCCCCACCCUUGAUCCAGUAUCAGUGUCUCUUUAGCUUUCUUUUUGCUUGACUUGCUCCAAGUUGCCCUCUUGAGCUCUGAAUCACAGGGCUACUGUGGUGGUCCUCGGUGUUCAGCUGCUUUGAAGGGCUGCAGAGAGCCGCUGAACCUUCGCUGCUUCCCAUCCUUGUGUGCUUGUUUUAGGAGGCCUUAUAAUCACUGAGUCACUGUGGCGUGACGUUUCAGCUGAUAAUAGAGUGUGAGUAAGUCUGUGUUUGCUCACAGGUGUGUGUUUGCUCAUGGAGCAGCAUGUUGGGGGAAUGAAGAGACGAUUGGCGAGUAAUUGGCUGUGUGCAAGCUUUACUGAGUGAUGACUAAACACAGACUUGACUUAGAGAACCAGGAUGACAUCAAGCUUUCUUUCUUUUGACUUUGGGAAAGUAAAUUUUUUACACUAAUUGGAGUAUUCAAAAUACACAACAUUUGCUUUUUCUCUUUUUGCCAAGAGCCAAGCUGCUCUUUCUAAUUAACAGAAGGCCUAGUUGGAUGUCUGCCAGUGAAAAUUUACCAGAAUGUGUCUGACUGCUAGUAGUGUAAGAUUUCUGAAAACAUGAUAUUCAUAUAUCCCGUGCUCAUCUCACAGGUACGGCAUCCGGCCCGAGAAUGUCAUCGUCUACGGUCAGAGCAUUGGCACUGUGCCCUCUGUGGAUCUGGCCUCGCGUUAUGAGAGCGCUGCCGUCAUUCUCCACUCCCCGCUCACCUCUGGCAUGAGGGUGGCCUUCCCCGACACCAAGAAGACCUACUGCUUUGACGCCUUCCCUAAGUGAGUCCCCUCUUUGAACAGAUGGCGUGUGAAAACCGGGCUUAAUAUAGUAUAUAAACAUCCACAGAAAGGCACGCACACACACACACGCCCUUCACAGUUUUGUUAAAUAACAAGUAUUCAUCUAUUCAAAUACAGAGCCGUGCAUGAAUGGGUUUAAAUCAGGAAAACACACAAGCUUACAAGAAUGGGUUUAUAAAUAUAGAUGUGUCAUAACAAUUCAGAAAAAGGGUUUUCUUCUUAAUGAAUCACAAUCUUUGGCUACAUUUUACCUUGCUCCCUCUGGUGGUCAGUUUGUGAAUCUUAUUAUUUUUCUUCUUCCUUUUAUUUACAAACCUCUACUAAUCUCGCCUUUCUUUUUCACUCAAUAGCAUCGACAAGAUUUCUAAGGUUACGUCUCCAGUGCUGGUGAUUCACGGUACAGAGGACGAGGUCAUCGACUUCUCCCACGGCCUGGCCCUGUACGAACGCUGUCAGCGCCCAGUGGAGCCGCUCUGGGUGGAGGGGGCCGGACACAACGACGUGGAGCUCUACGGACAAUACCUGGAGAGACUCAAACAGUUUGUUGCACACGAGCUGGUCAACUUGUAG